AUGGACAGAAAAAUUAUACCAGGGCACUUUGAACCCCCCGGGGACGACUCAUUCCUCGAUCACACGCCACCUCCAGCCUACACAAGUCUUCCGACCAUUGCGAGCGAGAGGAACUUGCUAGAUAUUGCAGAGCUCCCUGGCGAUUUCCCUCUGCUUGGAGAUACCGUCGAAUUCGGUGCCAACACCAAAGGUGAUGGUAGGGUGGAAAUAGAUUGCAACUCGAGGCUCUCACGUUCGCUUACAACGUUGUACCACGCGCACGCUCGGCGGGUCUCCAAGACCCCAUUGCCUGAGUAUCCCACUGCCGCUGAUGCGGUGCCGCAAUCUACUGCGUGGGCUACGAAGCUCAACAUCGUCAUCCAAGUUGUCGGCAGCCGAGGAGACGUUCAGCCUUUCAUCGCACUCGGUACCGAGCUCCAGCGGUACGGUCACCGUGUCCGCCUGGCGACCCACGACAUGUUCGGCAACUUUGUUCGAGAUUCCGGUCUCGAGUUCUACCCAAUCGGUGGAAACCCAGCCGAGUUGAUGGCCUAUAUGGUCAAGAACCCUGGCCUGAUCCCCAGCAUGCGAAGCCUCGUAGCCGGCGAGAUACAGAAGAAACGCGACAUGGUCGAGGAGAUGCUGGGGAAGUUUUGGGACUCUUGCUUGCAGAAGGAUCCUGUGACGCGGGAGCCCUUUGUCGCGGAUGCCAUCAUUGCUAACCCUCCCAGCUUUGCCCACAUACACUGCGCCCAGGCCCUUGGUGUACCGGUCCACCUCAUGUUCACUAUGCCCUGGAGCAGCACUACAGCCUUCCCACAUCCGUUAGCCAACCUGACUAACGUGCGUGGCGAUGUUGGAAUCGCUAAUUACAUAUCCUACGAUGUUGUGGAAUGGAUGACAUGGCAAGGGCUUGGUGACAUAAUCAACAAAUGGCGCAAGUCUAUUGACCUGGAGGAAGUAGCUAUGUUUGAUGGUCCAAUGCUGACACGGGCUCUGAACAUUCCGUUUACGUACUGCUGGUCACCAGCACUGGUACCGAAGCCAGCGGACUGGCCUUCACAUAUCGAUGUCUGUGGAUUCUUCUUCCGCGACACUCCUGAAUUCUUACCCCCUUCUGACCUUGUCCGCUUCCUUGACGCUGGCCCUCCGCCGGUCUACAUAGGAUUUGGCAGCAUCGUGCUGGAAAAUCCAGACAAGAUCGUCAAUACGAUACUGGAUGCUGUUCGUGCUACUGGGAUCCGUGCCAUUAUCUCGAAAGGAUGGUCUGAUCUAGCCGGCUCAGCUUCCGAAGAUGUCUACUGGAUCGGAGAAUGCCCCCACGAAUGGCUUUUCCAGCACGUCUCCGCUGUAGUCCAUCACGGAGGUGCAGGCACCACAGCUUGCGGCUUAAAGAAUGGAAAGCCCACCAUUAUUGUGCCGUUCUUUGGAGAUCAGCCAUUCUGGGGAGAAAUGGUCGCCAAGGCGGGUGCAGGGCCCAGGCCUAUACCUCACACGGAGAUGACCGCAGAUUUACUUGCCGAAGGGAUACGCUACUGUCUCUCAAAUGAAGCUGUAGCUGCAGCCGCAUCCUUGGCGGCUAACAUGGAGUCUGAGAGAGGGGUGAGAGCCGCUGUUCAGUCAUUCCAUCGACAGCUCCCUCUGGAACGGAUCCGGUGCGAUCUAAUUCCGGAGCAUCCAGCUGUAUGGGUGUACAGCAAAUCGAAACCCCCGAUUAAGCUCUCCAAGAUUGCUGCGGAGAUUAUACUGGUGAAUACACCAGCGGAGUCUAAACAUAUGAAAAUGUAUCAAAGCAAUCCCCUGAUUAUCGAGACCACGCGGUGGGAUCCUAUUUCAGGUGGAAGCUCAGCAGUUACGGCUACGGCAGUAGAUCUGGCUGGGUCUGUUACCGGUAUAGUCUCAAAACCUAUCGGUGAAUGGCGAGGCGAUCGCCGGCGGCGUGCCUGGGAUCUGAGAAGUCUCGAUCGUCAGAACGCCUCUGCCGUUGACCAUAGCAAGGAUGAAACGAGCAGCGCUGAUCUUGAUCGCCGUGUUUCCACCGAAUCCGAUCCAACAGGAAGCCCUCAAGCAAAGCGUCAGGGCUCACUCGCAGGAAGGAUGGCCGCUGCGUCCGCUAAGAGCAUCGGUUCUUUUGUGCCAACCGCCCUAAAAGGUAUGAUGGUCGACUUCCCGCUUGCUCUCACUGAAGGCAUGAAGUCUGUACCGAACAUAUACGGAGGCACUGUACGUGACAACGGUAAGGUCACAGACGCCAAGAGUGGGGUGGUAGUAGCAGGCAAGACAUUUGCCUGGGGCUUCAUUGAUGGUCUCGGUGACGUUGUGGUACAGCCUUAUAAGGGUGCCAGGAAAGAAGGCGCCUUGGGAGCCAUGAAGGGGGUAGGGAAAGGACUCACCGGUUUGGCAACCAAGAGCGGAGCUGGUAUGUUUGGAAUACUUGCGUAUCCUACUAGUGGCAUCAGCAAGAGCUUGUGGACCGCCAUACACAGUGGUACCCGGAAAGAAGUAGCUGUGCAAAGGCAUGCGGAGGGGGUUUGGAUGGUCAAGACGGGUAAGGCUACCCCUACGAAUAUUGAAGACGUCGUCUCUGCUUUUACCCGUCUGCGAUAG